AUGCCAGUUUCCUUGGUCACCCUCUACCCUGCCCCUGUGACUGAUUCCCUUGUGCCCACGCCGAGUGCUAUGCUCAGCCCACUGCACUUACUCUCCCCGAACACAAUAAAUCCACAGAUGGAAGACACCCUCCCCGUCAACGUUGACGGACACAGAAGCACGAUAGAAUCCACCCUUCUUCCGACUCCCGUCCCCCAUUCCUCUUUAUCCCCUCCGGCGCAUACCAGCCCUGCGUCUCCCACGGACUUUACUCUACCCUCUGCAGUCUUAUUCUACUGUGAUUCGAUGUUUCUCAGUGGAGGUUAUCCUGUCCAAACAAAGCGAUUCGACGAGCCGGUACCGAAUAUAAACCCGGCCAUGGUGCUGGAAUUCCACAGACAGUCUGCCUGUGGGGCGCAUGCUGUACACUAUAGAGUUCAUGCAGCACAUGUUUCUCUCUCAUCCCGAGCUUGUUUAUCAACCUUAUGCUCGCUAUCCCUUGGGAAGCGCAAGGCUGCCGCCGAAGUCACCCUUGCGCUCACGGGACGUACAUAA